CCGCCCGUCGCAGAGGUAGCGCGGGAAAGUCUGAGCCGACGGUGGCGCGCCUGCCGGCGCUGUCGGCCGCGAUGGAGGAGGUGGAGGCUGAGGAGCCGCAGGAGUUCUCUCACCGGCAGAGGCUGAAGGCGGCAGUUCACUACACAGUUGGCUGUCUCUGCCAGGAGGUCGCACUGGACAAAAAGGUACACUUCAGCAAACAGACCAUCGCGGCAAUCUCCGAGGUGACUUUUCGACAGUGCGAAAAUUUUGCCAAAGACCUUGAAAUAUUUGCCAGACAUGCGAAAAGAAGCACGGUUACCACCGAAGACGUGAAGCUCUUAGCGAGACGGAGUAAUUCACUGCUAAAAUACAUUACAAAGAAGAAUGAAGAGAUAGCUCAGCUUAACCUGGAACGAAAGGCCAAGAAGAAAAGAAAGCCAGAAGAUGAAAGUGGGAGCUCUCGGGAGCCCGGGACUGAGGAGCUGGGCGGGGCUGAGGAGCUGGGCAUCGAGAGCUGAGGCCUUCAUCUCAUCGGGAAGCAGUGCCCACCACGAGGGCAGUCUGCAGGGAUGAAGACAGACAUUGGAAAGAAUGAUCCCAAGUGUGUGGGCAGCUUUGCGUGCUGCCUGUUUGAAGUCAUUCUCGGCAGAAGCUUAAAAGCUGGGAAUUCCUGCAGAGCCAGCCGCACGCUUUACCGGGCACAGGAAAGGCUUGCACUUGGGUGGCACACCGUGACUUAGUGACUGGCAAAGUGGGCUAGCAAUCAGCCGUGCUGGCUGGUGAACUUAGUCCCUCACUGUUCAUUUCCCGGGCCAAAUGCGGGUCUCAGAAGGGUGGAUAAAUAAAACUGUGUUUGCUGAGCCUGGCUGCUGUAGUUUCAAGUCUCAGCCUUCAUCACAGGCGGUCCUUGGGAAUGAAAUUUCUUACU